UGCCACAUAAAACAAAAUCACAUAAUCUGCACAUAACUUUCUAUAUAUCUCAAUAAUACAUAACAAAUUUCGACUUUAAUGCUUAAAUUCGGCUUCCUCGAGGAAAGUUUUGCUUAUAUUAUUCGAAACUUGCAGUUAUCGCUGUCUUUCUGAAAGAAGUUUUACCACACUGUUUUGUGCGUGACUUAUAUCGUGAUAUUUUUUUGUUUUGCUUUUGGUGUUGUUUGUGUGCUAACUUCUUAAAUUUUGAUUAAAUUGUGAUUAAAGCGGAUAGCCAUGCAUGUGGAAAAGAAAUCCGAAUUGAGAAGUCUCCUCAAAUCUGGCGACAAAAGAUGUAAACUGGUUGAGCCAAGAAACACGAAAAGUUGCGUUUGGAGAUUUUUUAAUUUAGUUUCUUGCGAUGACCGGAUUGAACCCUAUGCUUGCUGCAAAACCUGUGGCGAUUUGUUGUCCUAUAGUGGAAAAACAGGCACAGGUAGCCUGCUCCGCCACAGGUGCCUUCACACACCGCAUAACGAGAAAACUGUGCGUAUAACCAAAGCCAAGCAGAGUUUGCCGUCGUUGCGUGUGGCCAAGCCGAAAGUCUCGCUGGAAGCCAACACUUCUUCCGCCUCGGAUGUGGGAACGUUGCCGCAAAAAUGGGAGGACUACGAUCAAGGCGAUGAAAUCGGCGAUAUUAAGGACAUUAUCUACAAUGAGGAUCCGCUGUGCUACAGUCCCAUUCAAGUCGUGGAGGAGGAAAUGAUAGACACUAGUGAAAAGGUGACAACUGUACUUAAUCCCACUAGUAGUAUAAGCAGAUCCCAGAGCGCCAGUGCUAGCGUUACCCCAAUGGUGACCACUAUGGUGUCUACUUCAUCCUCAAACUCGGCAAAAUCGCUGAAGAACAACCUGGAACAGUCAAUCGACCGAUUGACUUCAGUCAGUGAACAAUUGACCUAUAUUAUUCAACAGAACAAUGAUGAGCACUCCAAGGAUGAUGACUACUAUUUCGCCCUCAGCCUGGUACCCAUUAUGCGGCAAUUGUCGCUUAAUCGAAAACUAUAUGUGCGAUCCAAAAUCCAAGAAAUUUUGUUCAAGGAGAGCGAGGCUAAUCCCUCCACGAAGCAGGAAUAGAAUUAAAUACAUAUUAAUCAUUAUAGAUCGCAGCCUGUUCUUAAACGGGUUGACGUUAUACUUAAUAUAUUUCUGUUUAAACCAUUUCUCUCGGUUAAAAAAAUUUGUUUUUUUAAUCAUUUAUUUAUGUGCAAGCUUACAAAAAUGUACAUACGUAUGAAUGUGUACUGUAAUAUUUUAAGCUAACUGAUAUUUAUGUAACUAUUUCAAAUUCAUAAAAAGUGAUAGUUCUUUAAGUAAAUUAGGUUUCUAAUUUUGAUUAUUUGAUUAUAUUCUGUUUAUUCUGCACAAUAACUCCCGUAAUAAAUAUGUAGAUUAAAUAUAAGCGUAUAUAUAUAAAUAUAUAUUCCUAGAUAUCAUAAAAAUUAUAAUAAACAGUUUAUAUAAUAAUUUCUCAGUAAGUUAAAUACUCUAGUUGGUAUUUGUUUGAGAAUGUCGAAGCCUAACGAUAAAGAUUUAAGAAAAGAA